AUGCGCGUUCUUUCCAGUGCCCUACUUGCACUAUCGGUCCUUUCUUCCAGCACAUCGGCAUUCGCACCUACAUCUUCCAGAAGCAGUAUUCAAAGUGCACUCAAUAUGGCCAACCCUGUUAAGUCAGUCUUCUUGACUCCCGAAACGGCCGCCGCCUGUGUGGAUAUUGCCGGAGGCAGCCCAGUCUACGCCUAUUCUUUGGAAAAGCUCGAAGAAGCCGCCGAUGCUUGCCUCGCCUUCCCCAACGCCUAUGGAUUGACCGUCCGUUACGCAAUGAAGGCCUGUCCCAACUCUUCCAUCCUCAAAUUCUUCAACUCCAAGAACAUUCACAUUGAUGCCUCUUCUGGAUACGAAGUCAAGCGCGCCAUUUCUGCUGGUAUUCCCGCCGAGAACAUUAGUCUCAGUACCCAAGAGCUUCCUGCCGAUUUUGUCGAUUUGGUCAAGAAGGGAAUCAAGGUCAAUGCUUGUUCUGUUUCUCAAUUGGAACGAUUCGGCGAAGCCUUUGCAGGAACUGGCCAAAAGGUUGGAAUCCGUGUCAACCCUGGUGUCGGAUCCGGUGGUUUCUCCAAAUCCACCACUGCCUUUUCCAAGACCAAUGUCGGAGGACCUUCCUCUUCCUUUGGAAUUUGGAACACCUUGCUCGAAGACGGCACGGUUCCUGCCAUUGUCGAAAAGUAUGGUUUGACCGUCGAACGAAUCCACACGCACAUUGGAUCUGGAAGUGAGCCAUCCAUUUGGCAACAAGUGGCUGUCAAAUCUCUUUCCUUUUGCAAGAUUUGGGAUACCGUCGAAGCACUCAACUUGGGAGGAGGGUACAAGGUUGGCCGUAAUGAGGGCGAGCCAACUACUGAUUUGCAAGAAAUUGGCAAGCCCGUCACGGAAGCCUUUAAGGAAUUCGCUGCCGAAACUGGACGGGAAUUGAAAUUGGAGAUUGAACCAGGAACCUACUUGGUCGCCAUGGGAGGCGCCUUGGUUUCUACCGUUCAAGAUAAGGUUUUCACCACUGGAGAGGGAAGCCACACCUUCCUCAAGUUGGAUUCGGGAAUGACUGAUGUCCUGCGUCCAUCGUUGUACGGUGCCAUCCACCCAAUUACUGUUUUCCCAGGAUCUGGAAAGACUGAAGAUGUUGGUUCCGAGACCGAGGAUGUUGUCGUUGUUGGACAUUGCUGUGAGAGUGGUGAUCUCAUGACACCCAAGCCCGGUGAACCAGAGGAUUUGUCAGAGCGAACCCUUCGCAAGGCUGAAAUUGGGGAUAUCUUGAUCAUGGAUGGAAGUGGUGCCUACUGCGCUGGAAUGAGUACCAAGAACUACAACUCCUUCCCAGAAGCUCCAGAAGUUCUCGUCGAUCGCGAAGGAAAGGCACACCUUAUCCGACAACGUCAACCUUUGGAACAAGUGUACCAAAAUGAAGUCACAAUCGCCGAAUCUGUUUUUUAA